CAACAAUAUCCCAUUUUGGUUAUAUCUUUGUUCUUCAUAGUCCAGAUUCCUCUCUACUCAUUCUGUCCGCCAUUAGCUUGCGUCUCUCUUGUGUUUUCCUCUAUUUGAGAUAAUGACGAGAAAGAAAAUCCAGAUCAAGAAAAUCGACGACACAUCGGCUAGGCAAGUGACUUUCUCAAAGAGGAGAAGAGGGCUUUUCAAGAAAGCUCAUGAGCUUUCAGUCCUUUGUGAUGCUGAGCUAGCUGCUAUAGUGUUUUCUGCAACCGGGAAGCUCUUUGAAUACUCCAGCACAAGUACGAGGCAGGUGAUUGAAAGGCGCAAUCAGCAGUCAGAAAAUGGGAUUGACAGAUCGAUUACCAAUCCAUCUCUUGAACUGCAGCUUGAGAUUAGCAGAUAUGCCAAUUUGAGCAAGGAUUUGGCUGCAAAGACCCACCAAUUCAGGCAGCUGAGGGGAGAGGAUCUCCAAGGGUUGGACUAUGAAGAAUUAAGUCACCUUGAAGAACUAGUUCUAGGAGGCCUGACCAGAGUUGUGGAAACAAAGGAUGAGAGAUUUUUCAAGGAAAUCAGCACCCUCAGGAUGAAGGAAACAGAACUGGUUGAAGAAAACCAGCAGUUGAAACAGCAAGUGAGUUGUGUACUGAUCAUUUCCAAAACAUUCUUGUUUACUGCUUUCAUUUGACAUAUCGAAUUUGAUUUCGGCAGCUGGAGGUCCAAGCGGUUGUAACUGAUCAUGGGAAACCAUCAGUGUCCUCUGAGAAUCCAAGUCAUGACUAUAAUAAUAGUUAUGACAUUUCUCUCAGACUUGGGUAAGUCACGUAACAGUAUACA